AUGGCGUUAGUACCGGUGAAAGCAGGUGGUUCGAUCACGUACCAGUAUCCGGUUUUGACGACAACAAACUAUUCUGUAUGGGCGAUCAAAGUGAAGGCGAUAAUGGAUGCUCACGGUUUAUGGGAGACCGUCAAAGAAAGGGCCUUAGGUGAAGAGCCAAAUCAGGAAAAAUCGAAACAAGCGUUGGCUUUCUUGUUUCAAGUUAUUCCCGAGGAGAUGGUAUUGCAGAUGGCUAGUUACACCGAUCCCAAGCAAGUGUGGGAUGGACUGAAGACACGGUACUUGGGUGUAGAUCGGGUGAGAGCGGCUCGCCUGGCAACAUUAAGAAGGCAGCUUGAGAGUUCGCGAAUGAAGGAAGGCGAAACGGUUGAUGAGUUCGUGGAGAAACUAAGCGGGUUAGCGUCAAAGGUAAGAGGCCUUGGCUAUGAACUCGAAGAAGUCGACUUGGUGAAACGGUUGCUUGAUUCAAUGCCCAAACCAUUUUUUCAAAUUGUUGCAUCUAUUGAACAAUGUUUCGACUUAGAGACCAUGUUAUUUGACGAAGCUGUUGGUAGGUUGAAAGCGUAUGAGGAGCGCUUAAAAGCCAACGAGAAAACGGAGGACAUUCAAGAUGGGUUGUUGUUGGCUAGACAUGAAAAACCGCACGGGUGCAAGCAUUGUGGCAAUGGAAGCUCGAGCCGAGAAGACUUUGGGCAUGGCCGGGGAAGAGGCCGUGGGUCCGGGAGAGGUCGAGAUGGUAAUGAGCGGUUCCGGGAUAAAAGUCACGUGAAAUGUUAUAAGUGCGGAGAAUAUGGUCAUUAUAACAACGAGUGUCCAAAGUUGAAAGGUGAAGAGGUGAACUUGACCCGAUAUGAGGAUGAUGAACCGGGUCUAAUGUGA